UCCUCAGCGUCUAGUACUACAACUUCAGCCAUGAGGGUCGUCUUCUUUUCUGUUGCGGUUGUUUUGGCUGCUGGACAACAGUUCCAGCAGAAUCUGGAAUUCGGCAGUCCAGCUGUCAGGCUUGCUGGUCCUGGAUUUUUCCAGCAAGGGAGCUCAUUUAGUUCUGGAGCCAGUUUUUCUAAUAGCAACAGAAACAAUCAGUUCCAGAAUCAAAACUCAAAUAUUCAGUUCAGCUCUCUUUCUAAUAACAGAAACUCAGAGUCACUGGCUGGGUUCCAGAAUGAUAACCAAUUCCAGUCAGGAGGAAUAUCUUUCCAGCAGAACCAGCAGAAUGCUUUCAAUUCUUUUGAUACCAACAACCGUGACACCUUCCAGACUCAGUCUCCUCAACAAAACCAACAAAACACUUUCUCCUCCACUGGUGCAUUCCAGCAAGGCAGUGGCAAUCAAUUCCAGUCUACAAGCAGUGUAAGUACGUCUCAAGUCAACGAUGGCUUCAGAUUCGGUUUGAAUGAAAGAAUUUCUCUCAGUCAGCCUCAGACUUUCACUGACAACCAACAAGACUCAAGAACAAACCGCCUUACAGCAAUCAAUGUCCAGUUGACCCCCACUAUUCGUUUCCAGGACCAACAGAUAACUGGAACUUCCUUCCAGACAAACAGAAAUCAGCAGAACGCUGAAAAUAAGUUCCAGCAAACUGGCUUCACUGGAACAAGGUUCGUAAACAACAACAACAACAACAACAUCCAGUUCAACACCAACAGCCAGGUGUCAUCCACAGGCCAAUCUCAGUCCAGCAACAGACAGCAGCUGAACGCGGCUUCCUCCCUCAGCCAGUUCACUGACGAGGUCAACGGCGUCUUCGAGCCUUUGAACCUGCCGUCGGGCGCCACCCUUUUGCUGGGCAGGAUCUCGUCCUCCUUCAGCUGCGCCGACAGACCUUAUGGUUACUACACUGACCAAAAGAACUCGUGUCGUGUGUUCCACGUCUGCAACCCUGCUCUGUUCUCUGACGGCAAGAUCGAAACCUACCAGUACAGCUUCAUGUGCGGAGAAGGUACAGUCUUUGACCAGGACGAAUUGACCUGCAAAGCAGAGUACGAAGCAACGCCCUGCCAAGAGGCUGCCAACUUCUACUUCAGAAACGAGCAAUUCGGUCGUUUAGAGGAUAGGAAUUUCUAAAGGGUUCCUGACCUGAUGGGAGAAAAUUAUUGGGGUUCCUGGGUAUAACCCAGACUUAGGCGAAUGCUAUGUAUUCAGAGAUGUCUGUUGAUCAAGUAAGCUAAAUGGGUCUACAAGAUGUACCAAUGUAUGGUUAUUUACAAUAAAUC